AUGUCUGGUUGCUUUUUAGGCUUGGUAAGUAUGAGGUAUAAAAUGUCUGCUAGUGUAAAUGGUUUGUUAAAUCUAUUUUUUUGCAAUAUUGCAGGUUGAUCCUUCAGUAUCGGAAUGCAUCUCUGCCCCUUGUACACCAAAAAGCUCACACUCUGGAUCUAUAGAUGGAAGCUCUCCUUCGCUGCCAGUUUCACCCCAACAAUGCAAUUCCCACUCAUCAAGCCCUAUGAUGGUAUUUCAUGAAACAGCUUCCUCUUCUUCUGGAACUGAAGUUUGAAAAAAUAAUGCUCAAUGGAUUCAGAAUUUUGAAUUACCAAGCAUGGUAUGUUGCAUUGUGAUGCAAUAUAAAUUUGAUUAUUUUAAAUUCAUAAAAUGUGUUCUCAAAGUGUAUAUACAAUAUAUUAAUACCGUUGUUAUUAUGGGCGGAUUUACUGGGUGGGGUUAACCCCUCUUAGAAUCUCUCCCACCAAAAUUUUGAUUCACCCCGCCUAAUGUGUGUGACCCUAGUCUUUAACCCUAAUUAAUGCCUAACCCUUGUAAAAAGCUCACUCAGUGGUGUUGCUUGCACCCCAUUAGAAAUUUUUCCACCCAUUCUUUAAAAAAAAAUGAAAAUCUGCCCUUGGUUGUUAUUUUAUAGCUUGUAUAAAAUAACGGUCUACUGUUUUCCAACCAAAGUUUAAAUUUACUGAAUUUGAGAUAGGGUUUAACCCAUUAAGCGCCAGUGCUUUCCCCUUGACGAGUAAAAUCGUCUGGCGUUAGACAGAGUAAAAUACUAAAGUAGGGUGCAUCAGGGUGCAAUGCGCCUCAGAGCGCUGGCGCCCUUGACGAGUAAAAUCGUCUGGCAUUAGACAGAGUAAAACACUACAGUAGGGUGCAUCAGGGUGCAAUGCGACUCAAUGGGUUAAACUUUAAAGACUCUAAUACCAGCUAUGCCUAUUAGGCCUAAAAAAAUACCUGUGGUUCCGGUUACCCGACUGACCCUAUUUUUUCUGCCGAACCUAUAAUUUUUUCAACUCGAUUGAUUGUGCAACCCUAUUUUCUCCAGGUGGUUGCAGGCUACUCAUGCCAAACCUACCUACCUUACCUACCCUAAUUUUUUCGCGAUAUGAAACUAGAACCACAGCUAUUUUUAGGUAUUAGGUUAGAUUUAGGUUACAUGGUUUUCUAAAGGCUUGAAUAAUAAAACGUUGGCAUCUAGCAUGAGCAGAUGCUAAAGGUGGUUGCCAAAAGGCUAGUUUUUAAGGAUGUUGUUUAUCCAAAUUACUAUCUAUUUCAAUUUGCUUUUCAAAACUGACUUCCAAUGUUUACUUGUAAAUUUGGAAUGUUCGUUGUAAAGUUCCGAAGUUUGUUUCGAAGUUCAUUACUAUGAUUUACGAUGAUUCAAUAGCAAGCGAUUUGAUUGGCUGGUUCACUUAACUAGCCAAUUACAACUUACUAAACUUGAUUAUCGUAAAUCAUCGGAACAAACUUCGGAACUUUGCAACAAACAUUUCGAAUUUACAAGUAAACAUUGGAAGUCAGUUUUGAAAAGCAAAUUGAAAUGGAGAGUAAUAUACAGUGUAAUCAUGUUCGCUAUAUGAUAUAAAAUUACACUUUUGUUUAUUUUAUAGUUCUCGAAAGAAGUCACUGAUGGCCUGAAAACGACAAAAAUGACCAGCCGAGUUAGGAAUGAGUUCACACGAGAUGAAUGCUCCUCAAUCCGGGCACAUACAUUGUAUCCAACCAAGACAGAGAGGGAACAUGUCGCAAUGUUGGUCAUAAAAAAAUACCCAUUUUUGGCUGACAAAUUGGGAUCUGGAAUUGUAUGUAAACUAUUAAUUGAAACUUUACUUUUGAUGUGGACUCAAUACAGGUAGUUUAAAUCCUGUAAAACUAACCAACCAAAGUGGUAAAUUGUGACUUGUUUGUGUCUGUCAAUGUUUUAGUCCAUAUUUUAGUCCCUAGGUAACAGACAGCAAGUUGAAAUAGACCUAACAUUCAGAUUUUGUAAACUGUUUUAUAUUAUUGUAGGGUUCAUGGGAACAGGCAAUAAAAAAUCAUCUGAAGAAUAAACGGAAAACUAAACCUUGCAUAAAGCGAAGCACGCCCACAACCAAACGUCCCGACGAAGUGAAGCCAAAGAAAAUGAAAAUGGACAGUGGAAAAUUGCCCGAGAUAACAGAAGGUGAGACAGAGGAAACCUGCAAAGAGCACAUCUCCCUGAUGAAGAAAGAGAUGAAGAAAACCACAUAUAGAAAAAUGGCGCUGAUAAAGAAUUUGAUGGAACUAACAUAUUCACAUAGAAGGCAGUCCAUUUUGUUGCAACCAACAGCAAUUGAUGUUCUGAUUAAAGAGUAUCCCGCACUUGGUCUUGCAUCUGAAGUAAGUAUAUGUAAAAGUUAUAUUUCCCUAGAUCAAUGUCAUGUUAUCAUAUCUUUAUUCAUUUUAUUAGGUUGAUGGAUAAACAGGGCCUAUCAAGGAAAUUCGAAAAAUAUUUUCUCACACCAUUAUUUAUAUAAAAAAACGUUCCAAAUUAUUUUUUAUUUUGCAAAUUUGAGGAGGGGGCUUCCCCUCCCCCGCGUGCCACCCCUCUGAAAGGCCCUGUGGAUAAAGAAUAAGAAAAUUAAGUGAAUUAAAUAAAUUCAAAAUAACAUUUUUUAGCUUAAAGCUGAAUUUGACCGGGUGACAGAGAAGAAUGGUUGUCUCAAAGACAUGGUUUACCAGUUCAGGGAAAACUGGUUGGAAAAGAUCCUGAAACUGGCGAGCGAGAAAUUGUGCUGUAAAGCAACCCUAGAACAGUUAGAGGAUGAGGCGAGUACAGACGACAAUGUAAUUGAAUCAGGUACGUAUGGCUGUUUUGAACCAAUCUGUAAACAGUAGUGGACAAUGGUCAAUGUAAACAAGUCGGUUAUUUUUUUUUUCCAGGGAAAAAGGAAAGGUUUUAUUUUAGGAUGGCAAAACUGCAGUUAUAUAUUACAAUAAAACCAAUUGUUAAUUUCAUUUUCAACAGAUGUGAAGGAAACUACAGCAGUGGUAAUUCUACCAAUUCUGAUGAAAGAGCGAGCAGCCACUACCGAACUACUGAAAAUUUGCAGGGUAAGUUUAAAAAUUUCUUUAUUUUUUAAAAAUUGUUUGCUGGUUCUGGCUUUUGGAUCAGUUGGAAACCUCUGGGAAUAUUAUAGUCCGGUGUCUAUUAAAAUUUUAACUUCUCUAAAGUCUAGUGCGUAAAGACAUGAUUUCAUUGGCCAAUUUAAAAUUUUUCACCAAUGAUGGCACAAUUUCGGCAUUAUUCCCCUUUUAACCGAACUAACAUUACAAUGCCCCCUCUAAUGUUAUUUAUAAUAUCUAUGCUUACCCCCAACGAGAUCUGUUGUCCAAUAUCCAUUACAUAUUGUAAAUUUUGCUUAAAUUCAAACAGGACAAUGAAUGUAUUGAUGACGAGAUUCAAGCUUCAGUGACGCCAAGACUUGUUGGUGCGGGCCAUGUUGGCAAUAUAAAGCCAUUGUAUAUUGCUGGAGAGGGCAAGAUCUUACUGAAGUUAAACAGUUCAACCACAAUGAUAAAUGCAUUGGGCCUGCUUGUAAGUUCUUUCUAUGUUUUUAACAUUGAGUACCCAGCCUCGUGCAAAAAUGUGUUCCUGUUCCUGGAAACAGCAAUGAUGCAGAGGACCAGAGAAGCCAAGAAGAGAGUUGCAAUAAAUAAAUUCUUGCAAGAAUUGGAAUGA